GGAAAAGUAGGUCAGAAGGAGAGCGAGGGUGGCCUACGUAGGGUCGUGGUAGCCGCUGCGGCGCAGAUUAUCUGUCUCAAAACACCAUGGCACGACGCACACGCAACAGCAGGGCCUGGCACUUUGUCCUAAGUGGGGUACGCCGGGAUGCAGAUGCACGGGCGGUAGCUUUGGCCUCUGGAGCCCAUGGGUGGGGCUAUGACUCUGAUGGGCAGCACAGUGACUCUGACUCUGAGCCAGAGUUUCCUUCCCUCUCGCCCUCCAUCCCCAGCGCCAUCCCUGUGACAGGAGAGUCCUACUGCAACUGUGAGAACCAGAAUGAGACUCCCUACUGCUCCAGUCUGCACACCGUCCAUCACGUCAAGGACUGCCAGUGUGGUGAAGAGGAUGAGUACUUUGAGUGGGUGUGGGAUGACAUGAACAAAUCGACUGCAACCCUCCUGACCUGUGACAACCGCAAGGUGAACUUCCACAUGGAGUACAGCUGUGGCACUGCUGCUAUCCGUGGAAACAAGGAGCUGGCAGAGGGGCAGCACUUCUGGGAGAUCAAGAUGACCUCGCCAGUCUAUGGCACUGACAUGAUGGUGGGAAUUGGGACUUCAGAUGUGAAUCUUGACAAGUACCGCCACACAUUCUGUAGUCUGCUGGGCAAGGAUGAAGACAGCUGGGGACUCUCAUACACAGGAUUACUCCACCACAGGGGAGAUAAAAUGAACUUCUCCUCAAGGUUUGGCCAAGGCUCCAUCAUUGGGGUUCAUUUGGACAUGUGGCAUGGAACUCUCACUUUCUUCAAAAACAGGAAAUGCAUAGGAGUUGCAGCUACCAAACUGCAGAACAAGAAAUUCUACCCCAUGGUGUGCUCCACUGCAGCCAAAAGCAGCAUGAAGGUGAUCCGCUCAUGCACCAGCUACACGUCCCUCCAGUACCUCUGCUGUUAUCGCCUCCGCCAGCUGUUGCCCAACUAUGUGGAUACACUGGAAGUGCUGCCAUUGCCUCCAGGACUUAAGCAAGUUCUACACAACAAACUAGGCUGGGUGCUGAGUAUGAACUGUAGCACACUGAAGCCUUCCACCUCUUCUUCCUCCUUGUCGGGAAGUGACUCAGAUAGCUCCUGUGGGUCGGAUGCAGAGGCAUGCCAAAGGAAGAGAUGCAGGAGGACAUAAGUUAUUUUCAAACAAACUGCCUGGGGGGGUGGUUUCCUUCAUUAUUUCUGAGGGUGAUCCAGGCCAGACACCUGUUUGUGGGGACACCAACUUCUAAUCAAGUUUGCAAAGACUUCUACCCUCUUGAAAUCUUUUAAGCUACAAGCAUCAGCCACUUGCAUUGAAUACCUAUCCCAAAUGAGGAGAGUGACUUCUUUGAAAUAGGCAGCCUAGAUAACCUGCAACAAAAUUUCCUAGCUUCAUCUCCUACUCACUGCCACCAUCACUAGCUGAUCUCUAGGGCGUAGACUGUUCCAGCAGAGAUGCAAGCUUUCAAACU